AUGGGCAAGCCGAUCGUGCUCCACCUCGGCGAUGACAUCAAGUGGAACCAUGAGCUCUACAAGCAGCUGCAAGACAAGUUUGAGAUCCGCCGCAGCUACAGCAUGAACCGCGCCGAGUUCAAGCAAGCGUUGAAGGACAAGAAGUUCGGUGACUUUGUCGCCAUGUACCGCCCCUUCUGGAACACUGGCGGCGAGAUGGGCAACUGGGACGACGAGCUUAUCUCCCUGCUCCCCUCUUCCUGCAAGAUCUACGCCUCGGCUGGUGCUGGCUUCGACUGGGUUGACACGCAACGCCUUGCUAAGUCCGGCAUCAUCUACUGCAAUGCCGCCGCAGCAUGCACCGAGUCGGUCGCCGACGCCGCCAUCUGGCUUAUUCUUUCCACCUUCCGCAAGUUCACCUGGUCGGCGCUCAGCGCGCGUUCAUGUGACCCGGAGCGCUUCAAGGACGCCAACCGCAACAUUGCCGCCAUCACUCACAACCCCAACGGCUACUCGCUCGGCAUCAUCGGCCUGGGCAAGAUCGGCUACCGCAUCGCCCAGAAGGCCCAUGGCGCCUUCGACAUGAAGAUCCUCUACAACGACAUCCGCCAGCUGCCUUCGGAUGUCGAGAGGAGCGUCGACGCCAAGUUCUACCCCAAGCUGGAGGACAUGUUGGCCGUUGCCGACGCCGUCCUCGUCGCCACCCCCUUUGGCGGCGACAAGAUCCUGAACGCCGCCCAGUUCCGUGCCAUGAAGAAGGGCGCCAGGCUGAUCAACAUCGCCCGCGGCAAGUUGAUCGAUGAGGAGGCCCUUGUCCAGGCCCUCGAGAGCGGCCACCUUGAGGCUGCUGGCCUGGACGUCCACUACGACGAGCCCAACGUCCAUCCCAAGCUCGCCAAGGCCGAAAACGUCGAGGUACUCAGCCACACCGCCGGUGCGAGCGUCGAGAGCCACAUCGGCUUCGAGAGGCUGGGAAUUGAGAACAUCCUCGGCUUCUUCCAGACCGGCAAGGCGGUGACGCCGGUCAACCUGCACUUUUUCGACAACAAGGCGAAGCUGUAA